AUCUCCUGACCUUGUGAUCGGCCUGCCUCGGCCUCCCAAAGUGCUGGAAUUCUAGGCGUGAGCCACCGCGCCCGGUGUACUUAGGCCUUUAUAGACGAGGGAUCAAUUUUAAUUCAACAAAUGGCAUGGAUAUGGAUAUCAUUGAAAUGGAUUCCAAGCGUGUGCCUCGAGACAAGUUGGCCUGCAUCACCAAGUGCAGCAAGCACAUCUUCAGUGCCAUCAAGAUCACCAAGAACGAGCCGGCGUCAGCAGAUGACUUCCUCCCCACCCUCAUCUACAUCGUUUUGAAGGGCAACCCCCCACGCCUUCAGUCUAAUAUCCAGUAUAUCACACGCUUCUGCAAUCCAAGCCGACUGAUGACUGGAGAGGAUGGCUACUAUUUCACCAAUCUGAGUUGCAAAACACGAAGCCAUUUCGAACCGAGACAGAUGGCAGCUAAAUGAAGUUUAAUUAAAGAAUGAGUGCUUUACAGCAGCAAAAGCCAAAAUUGACAAAUGGGAUCUCAUUAAACUAAAGAGCUUCUGCACAGCAAAAGAAACUACCA